AUGUUCAUCAAUUGCAUCGUCUCGGAGUCGGAAUCAUCGACGAUCCUGGAGAUUCAAUAUCCAGGAGAUGAAGGUGAUCGAUUCGUGAACGGAACCAGGAGCGCCAUAAACAGCCUGACGAUUACCUUCUGCGACGAAGAGGGCGUAGAUAGCUUUACACGAACCGUCCAAGACCUACGCAAUAACAGGACACCGGGAAGUGCGCACAAAUCUCCUGGAACACCUAGGAAGCAGUCAUUUGCUUUCAUCAAUAUCAGCUCGGCUUCCGGAGACAACAGUCACAACAAGGGUCGUGCUUUGAAUACUACGAGCACUUCCGAGAUCGAUGGGUCAUCUCCUCUGCGCGAUAUUUCAUUGCGUAUUCGGCAGAAGAGCGACGCAGCAACUGACGGUCUUUUACAGAAGCAGGCAGCUACAGCUCUUUCCCACCUAGGCGCUGGAGAUGGAGAAGAUACACCUGCAUUGAAGAAAGCCCCAGACUCACGUCAGUUGAUCGAACGCUUACGUGCUUCCCAAGAGGAAGCGACAGACUUGCCUCCCAAAGCCGGGUCAGGUUCGAGACGGUCCAACUUGCCUCGCAGUCCACCUAAGGUCGACCCUGGGGAAGGAGCGGUGACAAAGAAGCAGCCGACCCACCAUCCUCCAGCCGCCGAUGGAUCAGCUCGCGGUGCAGCUCCUGCCUCUUCGGAGUCAAAGUCGAAACGCAAGCGCCCUGCUGAACCAGCGAGCAGCUCACUUUCUAAUCAAGCGAAGAAGAGAUCCAAGGUCGCUGACGCCACAACGCAGGCAAGUGGCAAGACAGACACUCAGAUAUCUAUCCACAAGCAGGAAACACUCAAAGCCACCAUGGCUCGACUGACUGGGGCUGGGACAGACGACUCCAAGACCAGCACUGGCACGGCGCAGGCGGGUCUCAAGCGCAGAGCGAACAAAGAAUCCGCCACCCUUAAGAGCGAACAGUCUCAGAAACCAUCCAAACGUGCCUCCGACGCUGCCAGCUUUGACCUUCCACCUACCGAUGACGAGGAUGCCCGUCGUGUAAAGAAAGCAAAGACCGGAGCCAACAAGCGUUCGGCCAAAAUUGCUGGCAGAGAUCGUGAGGAGAAGAAGAAGGGUGCUGUUCAAGUGGUGGCUUCGCCCAAAAACCGCAAGAAGAAGCAGAAAAGCAAGCCGAAGGCCAAGGAGUUUGUAGAUAAGAAGUCGCCACCGACUGCAGCCUCAACCCGAGCGAGAAGAGCUCCCAAGACACCCAAGUACAUUGAGAACUCAGAUGAAAGCGAAGAUGAAGUUGCACUCGAAGAGCCUGGCAUUGAGGAAGUUGUUGAGGAUAUACACAAGGACGACAACGCUGAGGAGACAGCCGAAGACUCACUUCCGGUCAGUAAGGAAAUACUUUCAGCUGCCGCUGAAGCCUCGCAAUUUGAGUUUAUGACCCAUGUUGAGUCGCGACUUCAAGAAAUGGUCGACGGGGAGAGCACUGAUGACGAAGCUGGUUCCAGGGACAAGCGUCCUCUGCAAACUUCAGCCAGUGAACAGCCCACGUUGGAAGACAAACCAGCGGUCCAACAGCCUGCAAAACUGCACAACCAAACUGCUUCAGAGAAGGCGCAACCUGUGACGAAGAUCAUAGCCACGCAGCCUUUCUCGGAGAACAACACCUCAAAGCCAAUAUCUACUAUAGCGCAAGAUACGCUCGCAAAGGACGACACGCCUGUGCGGAACUCCGCGGAAGGACGGAUCGUCGUGGCAGAGAAUCCUUCUUCUUCGACGCUCAGGGAAAAGCAGACCCCUGCAAGGGAUAAGCUCACCAAACAGGUCUCUACCCGGCUAGAGGCUACUCCUCAACGCAAUCCAAAGCGUCCAAGCGAAAAUUCAAUUCCACCAGCGAGCGAGAAGUUGCUGCGAAAGACUCCAAUCGUGCACUUUGGGCCACAAGGUCCGGCCAACCAGGCUGUGCAAAGCAAGCCUCUUCAGAAAGUAGUUGCUUUCAGAAGCGCGGCGGACAAAAGCUAUCGGUCGCCCGAAGCACCACGAUCUGGUGGCGAUGAAGAUAUGCAGGUUACUGAUCAACGUGCCCAGAAACCGCGAAGUGAAACCCUAGAUCCCAUCAACCGACUCGAUGAUACUGAGCAAGAUAUCCAUAUCACACAUAUGGUACAAGACUACCAGCUUCCUCCACAAGACGAGCCUGCCGACGAGACUCAGGUGGAAUAUGUUGAAGAUCCUGUUCAAUAUUCGACCUCAGAAGGCAUGAUCAGGUCACCCGAGAUCGAAGAGACGCAGCCCCGAUCCCCGCAAGACACGGAUCUUCCUGGAAACGGAGUUGCCGAGGCAGGAGCGGACGUUGAAGAUAGUCUCUCGAGUGUACAGAGUAUUGACACAGACGACGCGUCUUUUGCCAACAAAUCCUAUGAUCAAGAAAUCUCGGAGUAUGUUGCAUCUGACGCUGAAGAGGAGGCCAGUAGAGAAUCACCACCAGCUCCUGUAUGUCAACCAUUGUGCAAGCCCGAUACCAUCACACUUAGGGCAGAGACGCCGCUUCUUGAUGACGAUGAGCCCGGCCAAUGCUAUGAGAGAGUCAAGGAACCUGCAGUCUCCCGAUCGUCAACUCGGCAGUCUAUCGGGCUUACCACCAUCUUGGACGAAGAGUACCCUACGGCUCAAAAAGUCAUCAAUCCGCAGAAGUUUAGACAAGCUCGUCAGUCAGCCACGGUAGACCAUGCCAGACGAGCUCAGAUCUCGUCCACCGGAUCUUCCUCACUCACACCGAUACCAAAGCGAGCAGUUAUACUUGAGCCGACAAACUAUGCAAACAUUUGGAAAGAGGCCCAGAGGACCAGCAUUGCGUCUGGCAUUCUUUCCAUGACUUCGAUGCAAGCAAUACCAGUGAACAAGAGCAGCGACCAUCCUAUCGCCCUUCGAGACGAGAAGGAACACACCCGACGCGCUCUUCGCCCCUCAAAUGCGACCUCGAGAAGCGCACCGCGCGCUGGAGAAACAUCGGCAGCAAAGCCACGUACGCUACCCGAUUCUACUGCACGUCCGGGACAGGACUCUAGCAGGAAGACAGUCACCUCACCUCCAUCCAAGACAGCUCGCUUAAUGGCUCCACCUCCCUUACCGAUUCUACCCAUGAGAGUCACUAGUGAACCUGUUCCUGCUCGCAAAUCGUGGCCUGAGUCACACGUCGAGAGAGCCGCGAGAGUCGUCGAAGCAGUAGUAAAAGAGCAAGUCAAACCUACAAAUGCAGGGCCUGUCCGAGUGAAGAAGAGACGGACCCUGCCGCUUGGGCCUGAGGAGCAAAAUCAGGAAUUCGAUGUGCCACCCGCCACGCCUGCAUCAUUCUCUACACGCCUCGAAUUACACGCAGAUUUGCCAACUCAUCAAGCACACGACCGGGAGGACUGGAGAUCGGAAUAUGGGGGUCAAAGGUUCGGCAACGGAAGCAUGACGGUAGUAGACGAAGAAGAGUCUGGCCUGGAAGCGCGCUCAGGGAUUUGGAGAAGGCCAGAACACAGGCAUGGGCCAGAUUCUUGCAAUGGCAUGUCCGAAGCUCCGUCUCCAACUCGCAACUCUCGCGGGACAGAACCCGCUAAGGACAGAGAUGUUCUCGUACAGGGGAAUGUAAUUGCUCGAGGCUCUCAGCGAGCUCUUUUGUCCGCCAUUGUCAACAUCACCAACGAUGUUUUAUUCCGCUUCGGUGAAGAAGAAGACGCCAUAAAGGCUAAAGUCGACCAGUACGGUCAUGGAGGCAGAGCAAUCGUUGAGACUCUGACGGACACCUGGAGGCAGCGACUCGAGCAUGAGCAAAAGAUACUCUUAGAAGGACUCAAAGCGGAGCAGGAAUCCCUGUCAACAGCAGCUUGUCUUCUGACAGAAAAGCAUAGUGGUGGAACAUGGAGAGGGACCAUUGCCGAUGGCAGAUUGCUUGGCAAGGUACAGAAGAAAGGUGCUCGGCUUGCGGAGCAGAUUGAGACGAUGAUGGAGUAA